UCUUCUUUUACCUUGACAGCCAUGGACGAUCAUCAACCGGGAAAACUGGGCCGACUCGCUUUGAAAGUGAUGUCUGAGCAUUCUCUCAUUUACAAAUUAUUCUUUGGUCCUGAUCCAUACCGUGUCCGAUGGAAGGUGAUCAUGCUGUUCUUGACCCUGCUUAUCAUCAAUGUGGUGGUCUGGGUGGUGGCAGUUAUUGUGUAUAAACCCUAUCCUGCCAUGUUGGGCACGGCCGCAAUCGCUUAUGUCUUUGGUCUUCGACACGCCGUCGAUGCAGAUCAUAUUUCGGCCAUUGAUAAUGUCACCCGUAAACUGCUCAACGAGAACCAACGACCUGUGUGUGUGGGUCUUUUCUUUUCCCUUGGCCAUUCGACCGUGGUUUUCAUCGCCGCUAUUGUGCUGGCUGCAAUUGGUGGGGCGGUCAAGGACUUUGAACAAUUCCAGAAAUACGGUGGCAUUGUGGGCACAUCGAUUUCCAUUGCUUUCUUGACGUUAAUUGCCAUCCUAAAUACCAUCGUUCUUGUCGGUGUGGUGAAAACGUUGCGUCGUGUCAAGCGUGAAGGCGUCUAUACCGAAAUGGACAUUGAAGAAUUUUUGAGUAACCGUGGUCUUCUUGGCCGAUUCUUCCGCCCCUUGUUCCGAUUCAUCGACGCUUCGUGGAAAAUGUACCCUCUCGGAUUCUGUUUCAGUAUUGGUUUCGAUACCUCGACCCAGAUUAUCGUCUUGGGUAUCACUGCCACCCAAGCUGCUCAAGGCAUGUCCAUGUGGCUCGUCAUUAUUCUCCCUCUCUUAUUUGCCAGCGGCAUGGCGUUGAUCGACUCCCUCGACAGUUUACUGAUGCUGUUCACUUAUACCUGGGCUUACGUGAAUCCUGUUCGCAAACUGUAUUACAAUCUCACGAUUACCAGUAUCAGUGUGGUGGUGGCGGUGAUUGUGGCUCUGAUUGAAUUCUUUUCCCUGAUUGCCGAUGAGCUCGAGCUCGAGAAUGGCUGGUGGGAGUUUUGGCAGACGUUGGCGGAUAACUUUGAAUGGAUCGGUGUGGCGAUUAUUGGUGCCUUUAUUGUGACCUGGGUUGCGACGGCCGCGAUCUACCGUUUGUUUGGUUACCACCAUUUGGAAAAACAAUUCGAUGCCCAAAACCCAGACGAGAAAUUGCGAAUCAAGCAAAACGGCAUGAUCAUCCUCAAACCAGGAGCCCCCAACGAUAAAUUCGCACAUGACGAAGAAGCCGCCGCCCAAAAACUCGAGAUCAACCAGUCCCACUCUGCUCCCAUGACGGAAAAAGUGGAAGCAGACGCUCACAAAGCCUAGUUUUUCUUUUCAAAUACCACCUACAUAGAUUAUCUACACUUUACGAACUCCCCUCGCAGACUACUAUCCAUUCAUUUAACCUAAUUUACAAUCCAUCAUCCAAUAAACUAUUUAUUCUUUUUGCACAGG